GUCGUGUGCGCAGGCGCAGUAGAAGCUGUAGCCGGCCCGUCAUCUCCUGGACAGGAGGAAGCCGCCAUGGAGUCAUACGAUGUGAUCGCAAACCAGCCCGUUGUGAUUGAUAAUGGCUCUGGAGUCAUUAAAGCUGGCUUUGCUGGGGAUCAGAUCCCAAAGUAUUGCUUUCCUAACUAUGUUGGGCGGCCAAAGCAUAUUCGGGUCAUGGCUGGUGCCUUGGAAGGAGAUUUAUUUAUUGGACCAAAGGCAGAGGAACACAGAGGCUUGCUAUCUAUCCGAUACCCCAUGGAACACGGCAUUGUAAAGGACUGGAAUGACAUGGAACGUAUCUGGCAGUAUGUCUAUUCAAAAGAUCAGCUGCAGACUUUUUCAGAAGAGCAUCCAGUAUUGCUUACAGAAGCUCCCUUGAAUCCACGAAAAAAUCGCGAGCGAGCGGCAGAAGUUUUCUUUGAGACUUUUAAUGUUCCAGCUCUGUUCAUCUCCAUGCAAGCUGUGCUGAGCCUCUAUGCCACAGGGAGAACAACGGGUGUGGUUCUAGACUCUGGAGAUGGCGUAACACACGCAGUGCCAAUUUAUGAGGGCUUUGCCAUGCCUCACUCCAUCAUGAGGAUUGACAUUGCAGGCCGAGAUGUCUCCCGCUUCCUCCGGCUGUACCUGCGGAAAGAGGGCUAUGACUUCCAUACUUCAGCUGAGUUUGAAAUAGUCAAAACUAUCAAAGAGCGUGCGUGUUACCUGUCCAUAAAUCCACAAAAAGAUGAGACACUGGAGACAGAGAAGGCCCAGUAUUACUUGCCUGAUGGAAGCACAAUUGAGAUUGGCCCAGCCCGAUUCCGGGCACCUGAGCUGCUGUUCCGACCAGAUCUUAUCGGAGAGGAGUGUGAAGGAAUUCAUGAAGUUUUAGUAUUUGCCAUUCAGAAGUCCGACAUGGAUCUAAGGCGGACUUUGUUCUCCAACAUAGUGCUCUCUGGAGGAUCAACCUUAUUUAAAGGUUUCGGGGACCGACUUCUGAGUGAAGUAAAAAAAUUAGCACCAAAAGAUGUAAAAAUAAGGAUAUCUGCUCCUCAAGAACGAUUAUAUUCUACAUGGAUUGGUGGAUCUAUUUUGGCUUCUUUGGACACCUUUAAGAAAAUGUGGGUCUCCAAGAAGGAAUAUGAAGAAGACGGACCCAGAGCUAUCCACAGGAAAACGUUCUAACGUCCCAAAAGACCAAGUCUCUGUAUCAGUCCACUUCAGUUUAAAACUGGCUUUUUGAGUAUGAGAGUGUGGUCGGGAGGUGACUGGUGGGUGGGUGUGAAUGUAUGUGUCUGUAUGCGCUCUCCAGCAUGCCAAGAAGUCGUCAAACGAGGGCAGAAGAUCUGUAGAGGGCAACUGAAAAUAAAACCCAUCGGAGAGGAAAGCCUUUAUCCCAUUCCUAUUUAUGUGUUAUGUUGCACCAGGGUCUGUAAAUGGUCUGUUGCGAAAAUAUUUUAUCGCAUUAUAGCCUAUUUAUCCUUAACAGAUUUACCGUACAUAAAGUGUAAAAAAAAAAAGAAAAAACCCAGCUGACAGUACAAUAUGAACUAUUCACUGACGUACGUGACCCCCACACUUAUCCGCCACAUGGGCCUUUCAGAAUUACGUUUACUUGAGUAACAGAGAAAACACGUUUCUUGAAACUAUAAUAUGUCGUACUAAUUUAAAGACAUGGUUUUUGGAAAUGUUUCUAUUGCAUGAUAAAAAAAAAAAGAUCAGUAUAGUUAUAUAGUUAGACAUCUGGAAUAUUUGAUUUUUUUUUUUUUAGAAUCUCUCUGUAACAAAGCCUGUCUGCAGGUCAGUGUAGGUUCCAGGACGUUCAUCUAUAGAAUUUAUCAGUCAAGUAACCCAUGAAGUCUGUUCUGUGUUCAUAUUUAUAUAGAGAAACUAAGGGGAUUAGGUAACCUUGUCUCUUUGUAUACUUGGGAGGAGAGGCCAAUUGGGCAACUCUGUUUAUUCAUCAUUGGGUGCUUGUUUGCUUGGGAGAAGAAACCAGCUAAGUAACCCUGUCCCUGCAUCCAUGGAUCUUUGUAUACCUAAGAGAAGUAGCCAACUCCGUAACCCUGUUCCCAUUCUUGGGUGCCAACUAGGUAACCCUGUCCCCAUUCUUGGCUCCCUGUAUACCUUGCAGAAGGAGCCAACUAGGUAACCCUGUCUCUUCAUCCUUGGGUGCCUAUAUUACCUGGGGAGAUCGAGCCAACUAGGUAACCCAGUGUCCCCAUCCUUGGCUUCCUGUAUGCCUCAGAGAAGAAUCCAACUAGGUAACCAUGUCUCUUCAUCGUUUGGUGCCUAUAUAUCUGGGAGAUGGAGCCAACCCCUAUAUACCUGGAUGAUGGAGCCAACUAGGUAACCCUGUCUCUUCAUUCUUGGGUGCCUAUGUUACCUGGGGAGAUGGAGCCAACUAGGUACCCUGUGUCCUUAUCCUUGGCUUCCUGUAUACCUUGGAGAAGAAUCCAACUAGGUAACCCUAUCUCAUCAUUAGGUGCCUAUAAAUCUGGAAGAUGGAGCCAACUAGGUAACCCUGUUUCUUCAGUCUUGGGUGCAUAUAUACCGAGGAGAAGGAGCCAACUAUGUAACCCUGUGUCCUCAUUCUUGGCUCCCUGUAUACCUUGGAAAAGGAGCCAAUUGGGUAACCCUUUCUCUUCAUCCUUGGGUGCUUGUAUACCUGGGAGAUGGAGCCAACUAGGUAACCUUGUCUCCCCAUCCUUGGGUCUUUUUACACCUGGAUGGGGGGGACCAGUUGGGUAAUCCUGUCUCACCAUCCUUUGGUCCUCGUAUACUUAGGAAGAGGGGCCAAGUGUCAUGCUCCUAACUUUGUUUCUACCCUUUUUUUGUUGUUGUUUGGCCUACAAAACGAAUUGCAUUGAAUACCACUAUAUAUUGAAGCAAAACUAUAUAAAGUCUAACAUUUCUGUCUUGGUAUAUAUGUGUCUACUUUUGUAUUAUUUGAUCACUUGAGUUGUCUGCUGACUUUUAUGUAUAUGUAUGUGUGUUUAGUUUGGCACAUAGAGAGGAGUCUAAAGGUUUUUCCCCACUUUAAAUUUGUUGCCAACACCGGUUUAUUAUAGUUGUGGUGUAGUUUUAUGCCACCUUGGUAGGAGGUAGACCAGCUUUAUACAGACACGGUUUGCAUGGGUCCCAGCUUCCUCCCUUGUCAGCAUGUACCUGCUCUAUAGAAGUGUCACCCAUUGGGGUUCUUAGUAGGCCAUUUUAGUAUACACUUCUCCCAUUUUAUGAAUGCUUAACAGUUUAUUAUUUAUAAGUGCUCUUGAGUCCAAACUGACCACUGAAGAUUGUUAAAUGUCAGCCUUUUAAUGUUUUGGUCAAUCCUUUUCUGAAGGAGAACUCCAUCCAAGUGUGUUUUGGGGAAAGGGGUCUUUAGCUGUCAUGUAAAUAUUGCUUAUAUCUGUCACCUCGGCUGUACUGAACGUUUUUUUUAAACGUAUUAAAAAAAAAAAAAUAAGAUGCUAAAAAUCUGUUAACCAAAAGUAUAAUAAAUCAUCUUUAGCUGAUCUGGGCUGCAGUAAACGGAAAUCUGAUUACUAUGAUUCUGCUCACUUUGCAUAUCAUUCUAGCCUUUUGCAAAAAUCGUAUAUACUUGAAAAUAUAAAGGUCCCUAUAUACUUUCUGCACAAGAUGGUUUUUGCUUUGCAGAUGGAGGUAACAGUGGCAAACAAUACUUACACUUUUAUUCCAUCCAUAAUCACUUGUGUGGAGUUCAGGAAAAUCUGCCGUCAGCACAAGAAUAAUAGCGAAAACAUAUUUAUGCUUAUUUGAUAGUUACUUGGCCUUCAUCAGAUAAGAAAAGACACUUUUACCACCGAUCAACAAAGUACUGCUACAUUAGAGGCUGAAAACAUUGGUUCCAAUCUGUCCCCCCUUUAUCUAGUCUACUGCUUUAUAUGAUUUGUAUUUUGUAUUUAUUAACUACUGCUUUAAUACUUCAACACUAAAUAAUUUCAACUC